AAAGACUUGCGCAUUUUCUCUCUCCUCCCCGUGCUUCAGAGUUCAGAGAGAUGGAGAGAGUUCGUCUUUAGAAAGAGAGACACUAGAGAAAGAGAAGCCGUCUGAUCCAUACUCUCGGAGAGACGGAGAGAGAGCUUACACUAGGUUUUAGGGAAAUCAUUGGUUGGAAGGGUUUCCAAUGGGCAGCACGGGUGAGCCAGACCGGAAACGGCGUCACUUUAGCUCCAUAUCGCCCACGGCUGCUGCUGCUGAUGCGGCUGCUACUGCUAAGAAGCAGCCUUUCUUGCCCAUUUCUGAAGACAAAAAGCUUGAUAUUGCUGUUCUUCAAUAUCAAAAUCAAAAGCUUGUACAGAAGUUAGAAGCCCAGAAGGUAGAGUAUUUUUCCCUUGAGAAUAAAUUCUCUCAACUAAAGCAGACACAACAACCGUUUGAUUUGACAUUAGCAGUGGUCAAUAAGUCAUUAGAUAAGCUUGUGAAUGACUUGGAAUCAUUUUCUAUCUGUAAAAGAGAUUCAAACUCCAAACGAGAUAGCAAACAUAUGCUGGUUAUGGAUGAUGGGGUCCCAUCUACAUCUAAGGAUGCUUUUCUUAGUCGACUCACACAAACAGGUGCAACGGAAAAUUCCUCUAUGCACGAUUGCACAAAUCGCAUGAAAGUAGAUGGGGAAACUGCCACUGAAAAGACUAAGAACAUUUUAUGCAAUGUAGUAGCUGCCACUGCUAACCUGUGGUAUCUAAAGGAUGAAUUAUCCGCUGAGAUUUUGAAGGAGCUUCCUGAAGACGGUUCAUGCAGGCAAAAGACAUCCCAUAAUUUAGUGAAAGAAGUUAAGAAAUUGAGGAUGGAAUUUAGUGAUCUUCAUUUGAAGCACAAAUUGCUUGCAAGGGAAUUGCAGAGACGCCAAGAUAUUCAUGCAAAAAAUAAGGCGGAGAUGAAGCAUUUAAGAGAUGAGUUGGAGGUUACACUCACAGAAUUAGAAGAAAACAAUUGCAAUUUAGCAUCUCUAAAAGCACAGAGAGAUGCUGCAAAAGGUGCAUUUUUCCCUGUCUUAAACCUAAGGAAUAAGCAAGGUGCUGGUGAUAGGGUCAGGGAUAAGCAAAAGGAUCUGCACGAUAUGGAGUCCUCCCUCAAAGAACUAAUGGACCAAUCUUCACGUCGGCUAAUGGAACUGAAAGGUCUUCAUGAAGAAAGGAUAAAAAUAUUGCAGCAGUUAUCUAGUUUGAGGAACAUGUUGAAGAAUGUUAAGUCUAUUACCUCUUCCAGUGCUUACAUCCUGGUACAAGAUCAAAUAGAAAAGUCAAAAUCAGAAGUUCUGCAGUAUCAGGCCUUAUUUGAAAAACUACAGGUUGAGAAGGACAACCUUGUUUGGAGGGAGAGAGAAUUGACUAUUAAAACUGAUAUAGCCGAUGUUUUUCGAAGAUCCUCUGCUGUUGCUGAUUCUAGAGCAACUCAUCUAGGGAUAGAGAUGCGGAAACAAAUUGAGGAAAGAAAUGUGAUUGAAUCUAAGCUGAAAGAUGCAUCAAGAGAACCAGGAAGAAAAGAAAUUAUUGCAGAAUUCAAAAACUUGCUUUCUUCAUUUCCUGAAGAAAUGAGCACCAUGCAAAGUGAAUUAAGUAAAUACAAAGAGGCUGCUUCAGAUAUUCAUUCUCUUCGGGCUGAUGUGCAAUCACUUUCUAGUACUCUUGAGAGGAAGCAGGUGAAAGAAUCUGAAACCUUCUCUGCCAGAUCUGCUGACCAAGAUGCAGAGAUGCAAAAGCUGCAAGCUAUGGUCCAAGAUUUGAAGGAAAGUGAUAUGGAGUUAAAGUUGAUUUUGGAAAUGUAUAGACGUGAAUUUACUGAUUCAAGGGAUGUCAUGGAAGCCAGAGACUUAGAAUACAAGGCAUGGGCCCAUGUUCAAACUUUGAAAUCCUCUCUUGAUGAGCGCAACUUGGAAUUGCGAGUCAAGACUGCAAAUGAAGCUGAGGCCGUAUCCCAGCAAAGGCUUGCUGCAGCAGAAGCUGAGAUUGCUGAGCUGAGGCAGAAAUUAGAAGCUUCCAAAAGGAAUACCUCUAGGCUAACUGAUGUUCUAAAAUCCAAAAAUGAAGAAAAUGAGGCUUACUUAUCUGAAAUUGAGUCAAUUGGACAGGCAUAUGAUGAUAUGCAGAAUCAAAACCAACAUCUUUUGCAGCAAAUUACUGAGAGAGAUGACUAUAACAUUAAGCUUGUCUUAGAGGGUGUCACGGCAAGACAGCUUCAGGAUACAAUGAUCAUAGAAAAACGAACCAUGGAGAGGGAGGUUCAGCAAGCGAAUUCAUCUCUAUGUUUUUAUGACAUGAAAGGUGAAAGGGUUGAAGAUCAGUUGAAAAGUUGCUCAGAACAUAUUCAGAAACUUGCAGAUGAUAAACUUCAUAGUUCAUUUACUUUGGAGAAUUCACAAAAGAAAUUAUUGGAUAUGAGAAGAUCAUCACAACAAGCACAGGAAUCAUUGGAGGACUUGCAAUCUAAGGUUGAAAAAAGUCGAGUGGCAGUUGUGGAGAUGCAGAUAGAACUAGAGAGGGAAAGGUUUGACAAGAGAAGAAUAGAAGAGGAAUUGGAAGUUGUAAGGAGAAAGGCUUCACAUCUUAGAGCCCAGACUGAAGGCUCAUCGAUUAUCGAAAAUCUCCGGGAGGAACUCAGAGAAUAUCGGGAUAUACUGAAGUGCAGUAUAUGCCUCGAGAGGACAAAAGAGGUUGUGAUCACAAAAUGCUACCACUUGUUCUGCAAUCCCUGUGUUCAAAGAAUAAUUGGAACUCGCCACCGCAAGUGUCCAGCAUGUGCCGCAAGUUUCGGGCCUAAUGAUGUCAAACCCGUAUACAUCUGACAGGAUGCUGAGAAAACUUUGUUUCCUGAUUCUUGGCGAGCCGUCUAAUGCUGUCUUCAGGUGCACAAAGCCUGGUGCACAUGAUUCGACGCUUGAUAUAUGGAUACCAACAGGUUCACAUGUAUUGUUAAUAGAGAAUUGUAGAGAAGUAACAUUAGCAGGAGCCAGUCAAGUUCUUGCCCCUUUUACCAACCAGUGGAAAUCAUCUUAAUUUUGCUGGUUCUAGUUCUAGGUGGUUGAUUUUACUAUUUUUUUUUUUUUUCCUUUGCUUUCAUUAUUUUUAUUAUGGUUUCUUUCUCAUUUAACUGCUUGGAGCCCGUGGAAUCUUUCAAUUUAUUGCAGAUUAAUCAGAACUGACCCACUGCUUAAUCCCAGAGAGCUUGGAGGAUGCAUGAGCUAAUGAAUAAAAAUAAUUUCGCAAGUUUGAUAGAAGCGUCCUUGCAAUUUGCGCAACACUGGGGCGAUGUAGGAUGUAUGAAAUUUUGUAUAUUUUGUUUUUACCCAAACGCGUUAUUUCUGGUGAAAAAGCCUGGGCGGUGGCAUAAAUUUUGGCUGUGCGGUUUCAAGUACAUAUGUUGGUCAGACCAUAGAACAUGUCGGUUCCAAUUUUGUCGUUUCUGGAACUGGUAAUUUGUACAAUUGUAGCUUUAUUUCCCGACGUUCUAUUGUACUCAACGGUGUGCCAGAGGUGUAAAAAAGAGAAUGCUCAUAUCACAUAAUCGUUCUUAAUAUCCAA